AUGGAAGGCGACAAUCGAGCGGUGAGCAAUGGCAAUGAGCAUGACGAGCAAAUAUGCAGAGACUACACAAGGGGCGUGUGCACACGCGGGGAUAAGUGCAAGUUUGCACACCCAGCUGGUAUGGGCAGCGUGCCGAAAAACCAGCCAAUAAUAUGCCGCGAUUUCCAAAAUGGUACAUGUCACAGGACGACAUGCAAGUACCUGCAUGUGAGCAACCAUGAAGAGAAAGAGUUCUUGCGCUCCGGGCAGCUUCCCAGUGGGGCUCGUGGUGGAGGGGCUAUGCAUGGUCGCGACAUACAAGCAUGCAAGGAUUUCCUCAAUAAUAAAUGUAAUCGGGGUAACAAUUGUAAGUUUCGACAUACUGCUAAUGAAGAUAAUAUGUACGGUGGGGGUGGGGUUGGGGCUGCAGGAGGAGGAGGAGGGGGAUACUAUGAGGAGCCCCCACGCAAGCGUCCUCGUGAUGCAAUGGAUAGUGAUUACCGAUAUCUCAUGGAGGAGAAUGUCUCAUUGCGGCGCAAGGUUGGGGAUUUGCAGAAGGAGGUUGCCGAUCUUCGUGCAACCAAUGACAUCUUGCUUGAGCAGAAUGCACGUUAUCGUCGGGCUGGAGCCGCUGGGCCAUCUUCCUACGGUGGGGGAUACGCUGCAGAUACGUACGCAAGCACAAGGUCAAGUAUUAGCUAUCCAUCCCGAGAUUUAUAUCCCCCGUCAGGAUCAUAUAGCCUCUACCCUGCCCACAAACCCCCGGUGCAUUCUGGUUACGAUGGCUACACGAAGUUUGAGUGA